GACUUAAGACCAUGUUCAGACUGUUCAACUGUGGAGUCUGUCUCUGCUGGAUUUUUGUGUCUGUCCUCCUGCGUGGACCUGCAGCCUUAACUCCAAACGCUUCCACCCAGGAUGAGCUUCUAAAUGUGACUGAGGAGGACACAGGCUGGGAUUCGCCCUUUCUUCAGCUGAGAGCCAGUCUGCCAUCUUACUCGCAGCCGAUUCGCCCGUACACCCUGCCGACAAACUCUGAAGACUACCAGCACAUGCCCAAAUCCAGACAUCGCCGACCCUCUCGCCUCCUGCGUAUUCUGGGAUCCUCUUUCGACCCGUUCUGGAUGUCUAUAGAUCAACCAUCCUUAACCUCUGGGGUGGGAGAGGGAGAUCAGGAUGAUGGUCGACCUCUGUUGCGUGGUGACUCGCUGCCUGCUAAAUUACCCAACUACACCGCUUUCAGGGAAAAGGUCAACUUGAGCGCCUCUUCAGACCUGAGAGAGGCCGCAGCACAUCGUCGCCAGAAGCUAGAGGAGGAAGCUGCAGAUCUGGACUUUGGUUUUCUGCCUCCAGAUGUUGCCAGCUCAGUACGAGCUUGGCUGGUGCGCUCAGCCGCAUGUGGAUUACGUUACCAGUGGGUGGAUCUGGGCGCUGCUUACUGGCCACGUUGGCUGCGGCAGACUCAUUGUGAAGGAUCAGACGGAGGGCGAAGCUGCUCCUUUCCCAGAGGGAUGGACUGCAGGCGAGCUCAAACGACGCACCUAAAGAUUCUGGCGUGGCACUGCCUGGAGAUCAGAGAGGGAGGUGAUGGGUCCAGUAAGAUUAAGGCUGACUGGUCUGAUGGCAGCACUGAGAUGGGAACAAGUGAAGCAGUGAGAAGGUGUUUAUGGAGGCAGGUGCCGUAUCCUGUGGUCACAGCUUGUACAUGCUCGUGUAAAUGAGUUUCUCACCAGUGCUUCAAAUUUUCAGCUCACCUGCACCUGGGUCUCCAUAUGCUCAUGUUUUUAAAAUUGUUAUUCAUGUAAGACAAAAGGCAGAUAUUGCUUGGUUAUUAUUUGUUUUAGGUAGAAUUUAAUAAACAUUAAUUUUUGACAGUUACAUUAAAUUUCUCUUGAGAAGUUGUUUCAACCCCAUUGCAUUUUUCUAGAGACGCUCUGCUUGUCACCCAGUGAGCAGAGCAGCUCCUUACUCUUUUGUUUUCCACCUACCAGCUUCACUGAAACAGCAUUUGUACAACCUGCCUCUUUAAAUUUCAAGUAAAUGUUUUCUAUCACCAAUAAUGAGGGCACAGUCCCAUAGUGGUAUGUGGGUUGUGCUACAUAAACAGCCAUGUGGGAAAAUAAAGUAUCAUGUUUCACGCAGUGGUUGCAAUACCGUGUGAUCUUUUCAUUUCCUCUUUCUUACCUUUUCACAAUUACUGUUGCAUAGGUAAACAUGGCAAUCUCAACCUCAAGUAGAUCUGAGUGUCAGAUUUUCUCCUGUUGUGCCAUUUUAAUGUGUUUAUAAUUUCAAAAGCUUCAGUAUUUUUCAAAAGCCAGUGGUUUUCAAUCUGCUCUCUUUCUCAUGUGAAAUGAAUAAAGUCAUAAGUUUGAAGUUGAAACUAUAUUUUUAUUGAUUUAGAAUGGUAUUUAA